UGCUGUUGCUGGCUGCCUGUCGCGCGCUUCUCCCUCGGCCUCGGAAUUUCUCCCCGCUCCCUGGGCGAAGGGGGCGACGAUGCCUCAAGAUGGCGGAGGCGGCUGAGCUGAAGCACAUGGUUAUGAGCUUCCGCGUCUCGGAGCUGCAGGUGCUUCUGGGCUUCGCCGGGCGGAACAAGAGCGGGCGGAAACACGAGCUGCUGACCAAGGCGCUGCAGUUGCUGAAGUCGGGCUGCAGCUCCGCCGUCCAGAUGAAAAUCAAGGAGUUGUACCGGAGGCGUUUCCCCCGCAAGAUCCUCACCCCUUCGGACUUGUCCAUGCUCCACCUCCAAGCCGGGCAGCUGCCCUCAGCCACGGCGUUGACGCAGGGUGCCAUGUGCCACCUGCCUUACGACAACGGAGGGGUAGUGUCCGGAGUGCCAUCCAGCAUGCUGCCCCCUGUGCCGAUGCUGGGCUCCAAACACGAGGCCGACGUGCCCCACCUGUCUCCCCCCAUCCACCCGGUCCAUCCGGACGUGAAGAUGCGCCGGCUGCCCUUCUACGACGUUUAUGACGAACUCAUCAAACCCACCACUUUGGAAUUACUCCCUCUCUGUUUACCUGGUGAAGCAGCUGACCUCGGUAACGUUGCUGCAGAAGCUGAGGGCCAAAGGGAUCCGGAACCCGGACCACUCCCGAGCGCUGAUCAAAGAGAAGCUGACGGCUGAUCCUGACAGUGAAAUCGCCACCACAAGUUUGCGAGUGUCACUCAUGUGUCCG